CGGCAAUCGCAGUCUCUGGAGCCGCAGUUUUUUCUCUUUUUUUUUUCUUCCCACCUCCUCCUUCUAUAGAGGCUACAAUCACAGGAAUUGUGCUGGCGGGCACAGAGACCUGGGGUAAUCCGACCUGUUAAUGGACUUGUUGUUCGGGACGUACAUAUUUGCGGUCCUGUUAGCAUGCAUUGUAUUUCAAUCUGGCGCCCUGGAGAAAAACUAUACCAUUCUCGAAGAAAUGCCAGAAAACGUCAUGAUUGGCGACCUGUGGAGAGACCUCAACCUGUCACUGAUCCUGGACAAGUCCUUAACGAUCCCCAUGCAGUUCAAGCUGGUGUACAAAACGGGAGAGGUGCCGCUCGUCCGCGUGGAGGAGGGGACCGGGGAGAUCUUCACCACCGGGGCUCGCAUUGACCGCGAGCAGCUGUGUGCCAGCCUCCUGUUCGAUGCUUAUUGCUUUUACGAGGUGGAGGUGGCUAUUUUGCCGGAUGAGAUAUUUAGACUGGUAAAGGUGCGCUUCCUGGUAGAAGACAUAAACGACAACGCGCCGCUAUUCCCCACGACGGUGAUCAACAUAUCGGUUCCGGAGAACGCGGUUAGGAACACGCGUUUUUCUCUCCCAGCGGCUAUUGAUCCUGACACGGGAAUAAAUGGAGUUCAAAACUACUACUUAAUUAAGCCUCCAGACGUUUUUGGGCUCGGCAUCAUCGAAACACCGGAAGGACAAAAGAUACCACAACUGAUAGUCCUCAAGGAGCUGGACAGAGAGCAGAAGGAUAUGUACGUCAUGAAAGUGAAGGUGGAAGAUGGCGGCUCUCCUCAGAGGUCCAGUACCGCCAUUUUGCAAGUGACCGUGGCCGAUGUGAACGACAACCACCCAGUGUUCACGGAGAGCGAGAUCGAAGUCAGUAUACCAGAAAACGCUCCCGUGGGGACCUCGGUGACGCAGCUCCACGCCACAGACGCCGACAUAGGCGACAAUGCCAACAUUCACUUCUAUUUCAGCAGCCUCGUCUCCAACAUCGCCAAGAGGCUGUUCCACCUGAACACGACCACCGGACUUAUCACAAUCAAAGAGCCCCUGGAUAGGGAAGAGUCACCGAGCCACAAGCUGCUGGUGAUGGCAAGCGACGGCGGGUUGUCGCCCGCCAGAGCGAUGGUGCUGGUCAACGUUACAGAUAUCAAUGAUAACGUCCCGUCGAUCGACGUACGAUACAUCAUCAACCCCAUCAACAACAGUGUGGUUCUCUCGGAGAACGCUCCGCUCAACACCAAAAUCGCUCUCAUAACUGUGACGGACAAGGACGCCGACCAGAACGGCAGGGUGAGGUGCUUCCUGGACCAGGAGAUCCCCUUCCGCUUGAGGCCAGUGUUCAGCAACCAGUACCUCCUCGAGACGACCGCCUACCUUGACUAUGAGUCCACGAAACAGUAUAUCAUCAAGCUGCUGGCCACGGACGCCGGCAAACCUCCUCUGAACCAGUCAUCCAUGCUCGUGGUCAAACUCAAAGACGAAAACGACAAUGCUCCGGUCUUUACGCCUUCUCUCAUCAGUAUUUCUGUUCCCGAAAAUAACCCUCCUGGCUCCCAGCUGACCAAGAUCAGCGCGACCGAUGCAGACACCGGGCGCAACGCCGACAUCAGCUACAUGCUGGACGUGGAUGCCCCGACGGAAUUCCAGCUGGACCACCGCACGGGCAUUCUGACCGCGGUGAAGAAGCUCGAUCGGGAGAAGCAGGAGAAAUACUACUUCACAGUUUGGGCGCAAGAUAACGGCAUUCCGCCCUUACAGACCAAUGCCACGGUCUCGGUGACCGUGCUCGAUCAAAACGACAACAGUCCAUUUUUCACUCACGAAGAGUACAAUUUCUAUGUCCCAGAGACCCUCCCUAAACAUGGCACAGUAGGACUCAUCACUGUAACUGACCCCGAUUAUGGCGAAAAUUCUGCGGUCACUCUGUCCCUUGUGAAUGUGAGUGACGAAUUCACCAUCGACUCGCAGACUGGAGUCAUUCAACCGAAUAUUUCGUUCGAUAGAGAAAAACAAGAAUCGUACACGUUCUACGUGAAGGCUGAGGACGGUGGUAGGGUAUCCCGUUCUUCCACGGUCAAAGUGACCAUAAAUGUGGUCGAUGUCAACGACAACAAACCAGUGUUUGUCGUCCCUUCUUCCAACUACUCCUUCGAGUUGGUCGAACCGUCCACGGAACCAGGCACGGUGGUCUUCACGGUCCUUGCCGUGGACAACGACACCGGCAUGAACGCGGAGCUUGAAUACAGCAUCGUCGGAGGAAACAUGAGAGAGCUCUUCGCAAUUAACCAAACGACAGGCGACAUUACAAUGGAGGAGAAAUGCAGGCUCACGGACCUGGGUUUGCACAGACUCGUAGUCAAAGCCCAGGACUUCGGGCAGCCGACGCCUCUCUUCAACGCCAUAGUCGUCAAUCUGUUUGUGAAUGAGUCCGCGACCAACGUCACGCUGAUCCGUGAGCUGGUGCGCAAGAACAUCGAAACAUCGAUAAUCCAAAAUGUUGAGACGGCCGAUGUCGCCCCCCCGGCCAGUGACUACACCAAGAUCGUGGCCGCCUCCGUGGCCAGCACCCUCGCCCUCAUCCUCAUCAUCGCUGUCAUCAUCAUCGUCCACUGCCGCCGCCGGUCCCCACGCUCGAGGGCGUCUCAGAAGAGCAGGCAGAAUUCCGAGUGGGCUACGCCCAACCCAGAGAACAGGCAGAUGAUCAUGAUGAAAAAGAGGAGGAAGAAGCAGCCCCCUCAGACCUUGCUGCUUAACCUUGUCACGAUCGAGGAGCCGAACGCGGACGACACUGACAAUGAUGGACCCAGCGUGACCCUGGACCUUCCCCUUGAGCUGGAAGAGCAAACCAUGAGCAAGUACAACUGGAGCAGCACCCCUACUACGUUCAAGCCCGACAGCCCCGACUUGGCCCGGCACUACAAGUCUGCCUCGCCGCAGCCCGCCUUCCAGAUCCCGCCGGAGACGCCCCUCAGCUCAAGGCACCACAUCAUCCAGGAGCUGCCUCUCGACAACACCUUCGUGGCCUGCGACUCCAUCUCCAGCGGCUCCGACCCCUACAGCGUUUCCGAGUGCAGCCUCCCGCUGACCACCUUCAAGGGCCCCGUGGCUGUGCACGCCAGACCGCCAGUGAAGGAGGCUGUCAGAACGCGCACCCCCAUGAAUGAGGUGGUUGUGGAGGUCUGGAUGCACCCCGAGCCACAGCGGAAACCCGAGGGGAAAAAGGCAGGAAAGUCCCAGCGGCGCGUCACCUUCCACCUGCCAGAAGGCUCCCAGGAAAGCAGCAGCGACGGUGGCCUGGGAGAGCAGGAGCCAGCCGGCGGGGCCCGGGCCCUGCCCCUGGACUACCCGCAGGAGGAGGACUUCGACCGCGUGGCGCCCCCCAACCGCACGGAGGGCGACGGCAACUCGGACCCCGAAUCCACUUUCAUUCCUGGACUAAAGAAAGCCGCAGAGGUGACGGUGCAGCCGCCCCUGGACGAGGUGCCGGACACCUGCACCCACGAGUGUCUGAUCCUGGGCCACUCGGACUCCUGCUGGAUGCCCGCCGCCCUCAUGGCCCGCGCCGGCCCCAGCCCGCCCGCGACCCCGGCCUCGUCUCGCCGCCGCCAGAGCCCCCCGGUGACCCAGGCUGUCGCCCUGAGUCACAGCCCGCCGCGCGCACAGGUCUCUGCUCUCCACCUCAGCCCCGCGGCCGCCCAGGGCUGGGGCGCGGGGGCCGGGCCCGAGGGUCCGCAGGCUCUCGAUCAGGGGGCGCAGGGGGGCGCGCGGCCCCACUGUCGCAGGGAUGACUCGGUGAAAGUCAUCGCCUUGAAAACCUUCGCUCCUGGGCCGCAGGCCCGGGCCCCUCGGGAUGGCUCUCCCGGCGUGGAUGAGCAUCUGUUUUAA